GUUGUUGCCGCAUUGCUUUUAGUUGGAGCAUUGAUACCCUAUGUUCAUUCAGCUGAAGCAGAAGUUUCUGUGCAGCCACUAAACUCGAGUCGAGUAGUUCAACUUUUAGAAUCUUCUAAAUCAAAUAAUAAUACUCUUGAGCGACAAAAACAAACUAACAAUAUUACAGAGACGCUUCUAAAUAUGGGGUCCGAAGAAAAUCGUGGACUAAAAAAUGAUACAGAUAAACAAAAACCAACAACUGAGCCCGAACUCAUUAAAAAGAUAAUAGGAGCAGCCAUCCAUCAUAAUUCCGAGUAUCGUUUUCGGUAUCCAAUGAACGCAUUUUUUAAAAGCAUCUAUCAAAAGUGGGGACCAUAUCUAAAGCCAGGAAGGGCCAUGGAAUUGAUCCAAGAAGUUAAGAUGCCUCAACUCAUUCUUAUUGAUGUGGUAUUUCCGAAACUACCAUUCAUAUCGCAGUCGUCCCGUACUCGCGCCAAAACACUGGACCUCAUGAACGAAAACCCAAAUGCCAAGCUAAGCGCAAAGAUGUUGGCUAGUUUCUCGCCAAAGACUAGCUUCGUUAAGCUUAUGCAGAUUUUGAGCGAUAAAAUCUGGGCUCCUUUCAAUCAGACUGCAGCAAAUCAAACUGCAAUUCCUGCAGAAACACAAACACAAUGAUCUAGAAUAGCAAUGGAGGAGCAUGAUUAUACAAAAGGGUUUGGGGUAUCGAACUCGGUGAUUAUGAAUGUUAAAUUGCAUGUUUCUUUUAUUGUUGAGAAGAAAAUGAAAUAAAUGUAAAACAAUUUAUCAAAAUAGUAUAUAGUA